UCUCUCCGCCUCCCACUUUUUCAAUUUUUUUUCUUUUCUCUUAUCGCUUUUCGCCGUUGGGCUUCAUGAGUCACGACGACACCUUCCUCUCCCUAUAAUCGCCUUUUCUCUGCCUCGCAGCGUUCGUUCCUUAUUCUGCAAGGCCCUCCGUCUCUAAAAUCGCCCCUUCGCCAUGGCUAACACAAACGCGACCGAGGCAAUCCCUCACAAUGCCUUCGACACCAUCCUGACCCUCGACUUCGGUUCCCAAUAUACCCACCUCAUCACUCGCCGUCUACGAGAAAUCAAUGUCUACUCCGAGAUGUUGCCCUGCACCCAGAAGCUCGCCGAUCUGGGCUGGAAGCCCAAGGGUAUCAUCCUCUCCGGUGGCCCGUACUCCGUCUACGAGGACGGUGCUCCCCACGUUGACCCCGCCUUCUUCGAACUCGGUGUCCCCAUUCUCGGUAUCUGCUACGGUCUGCAGGAGAUCGCCCACCGUGUCCACGCCGACAACGUCGUCGCCGGUACCGCCAGAGAAUACGGUCACGCUGAGCUGAAGGCCACCAGCUUCGGAGGACAUGUCGACAGACUGUUCAAGGGUCUGGAGGAUACCAUGACUGUUUGGAUGUCGCACGGUGACAAGCUCCGCAACCUGCCCGAGGGCUUCCACACCGUUGGCGUGACCCAGAACUCGGAGUACGCUGCCAUCGCCCACAAGACUGACCCCGUUUACGGCAUUCAGUUCCACCCCGAGGUCACCCACACUCCCCAGGGUGGUCAGCUCCUCAAGAACUUCGCCGUCGACAUUUGCGGUGCCUCCCAGAACUGGACCAUGGCCAAGUUCAUCGACCAAGAGAUCACCCGUAUCCGCAACUUGGUUGGCCCCGACGGCCAGGUCCUCGGUGCUGUCAGCGGUGGUGUCGACUCGACCGUUGCCGCCAAGCUGAUGACCGAAGCCAUUGGUGACCGAUUCCACGCCGUGCUGGUCGACAACGGCUGCAUGCGAUUGAACGAGUGCGCCAUGGUCAAGGAGAUCCUCCAGGAGCAGCUGGGUAUCAACUUGACUGUCGUUGAUGCUGGCGAGCAGUUCCUGGCCGGUCUCAAGGGCGAGGAGGACCCCGAGAAGAAGCGCAAGUUCAUCGGUGGUAAAUUCAUCGAUGUCUUUGAGGAUGAAGCUAGAAAGAUUGAAUCGCAGAACGCCGGUCGCGUUGAAUGGUUCUUGCAGGGAACUCUCUACCCUGACGUCAUCGAAAGUAUCUCGUUCAAGGGACCCUCGCAAACCAUCAAGACUCACCACAACGUCGGAGGUAUCGCUGAGCGUCUGAUGGCUGGCCACGGCCUCAAGCUGAUUGAGCCUUUGCGUGAGCUCUUCAAGGAUGAGGUCCGCGAGCUCGGCAAACAGCUCGGAAUUUCUCCCGAGCUGGUUGGCCGUCACCCCUUCCCAGGCCCCGGUAUUGCCAUCCGUGUUCUUGGUGAGGUCACCAAGGAGAAGGUCGAGGCUGCCCGCAAGGCCGACCACAUCUUCAUUUCCAUGAUCAAAGAAGCUGGACUUUAUGAUCAGAUUGGACAGGCCUACGCUGCCUUGGACCCCUCGCGGGCCGUCGGUGUCAUGGGCGACAAGCGCGUGUACGCCAACAUCAUCCUCCUCCGUGCCAUCCAAACAAAGGACUUUAUGACUGCCAUUCCUUUCCCCUUCGACCACGAGUUCUUGACCAAGGUGUCUACCCGCAUCAUCAACGAGGUCGACGGAGUGUGCAGAGUUGCCUACGACUACACCAGCAAGCCCCCUGGUACCAUUGAGAUGGAGUAAACGGUUUAAAUAGAAUAUAGGUUGGAACGAAAAUUGUCUUUAUGAGCUAUGUGCAUAUACAACGAUGAGUUAAUCAAUUGAUUUAUGUUACUUAACAAGGGUUAUUAUACUGCAUACACGGGGAUAACAUCAAACACUUCAUCCGAGCUGGACAUGAUGUACUACUGCACCUCAGCAAUAGUUCCGCUGCUCUCGAAUAAUACGACACCAUCAUAAUCAACACUUUUAAUCACGUCUGGCA